AUUAGAGAGCAGCAAAUCCCACUCGCAAUGUCAUUGAUCACAGCUGUUGCCGUUGCUUCGAGUUGAUACAUGUCAUGGCAGCCACUUUCACUGGACUUUAAUAAAUGUCGAGCUGAAACAUAUCUCUGCUAUUUUGCGCUGCUAUUGAUCACAAUGGUUCCUCGAAUAAGGCGGGCGGCUAAACCUAGGCCAGAAGCCUCAAAUAACCCGUACAACUUGAGGUCCAAACUGUCAGUGAAAGUUCCCAAUAUCACCUUGCAGGAAGAAUGUAAAGUAUCCAAGGUUGCCAUGGCUAUCAAACCAUGUUAUCUGGAGGGCCGGGAUGUGAGCAGUAGCAUUCGGAGUGCUUUAGUAGACCGGCUGGUGCAGAUUCAGAUGCUGUUCAGACUACACCAGGAGACCCUCUACAUGACUGUGUCAAUCAUUGACCGCUUUCAUCAGAUCCGCUCUAUGGAGAGGACUAUUCUGAAAGCCCUGAACUAUGAAAUGGGACGACCACCACCCGUUCACUUUCCGAGGAGAGCUGCGAAGAUUGCCUUGUCUUCCCUUGCCCAGCUGGAUCCUUUCGGGCAUGGGCUGGCUAUGUACCUCCAGGAGCUGACCCUCCUGGACUAUGACUCAGUCCACUAUCCACCAUCUCUCACAGCUGCUGCAGCUGUCUCGUUAUCAUGGAGGAUCCUCCAUGAUCAUUCUGCUCAUUGUGAAUGGACUCCAGCCUUGCAGCACUCCACUGGUUACAUGGAGCUGUGUCUGUUACCUGCCAUGCAAUGCAUUGCCAAGAUGCUGGAGUGCCUGAGUGACGACAGAAUGGGGCACAUGCUCAUUAUCCUGGACGACUAUGCCGACCCGUUUGAUGCCGAGGCUGAUGGGGGGAACCAGCCGAGCACAGAGAAAGUAGCCCAAGCCAGCACAGAGAACGAUGGCUACAUGGAGCCGUAUGAAGCCCAGAAGAUGAUGGCAGAGAUCCGCGGUGGCCGUGGGCCUAAGGAGGGCUCCCAGAGGUCGCUGCCCUUGUAUGACACGCCCUAUGAGCCAGAGGAGAACGGAACGGAGUCGGAAAGCGAGCGUCCCCAGUGCCCCAGAGAGAGCCGCCUGCCACAGGAUGACGAGAGGCCACCGGAGGAGUACGACCAGCCCUGGGAGUGGAAGAAGGAGCGCAUCUCCAAGGCCUUCGCAGGUACGAGAGCACCUCUGCUCUGUUAUGCCUGCAUUAGCUACGAGGGCUCUGUAAAUGGCAGUGGAUCAGAACCAGAGAAAAGGAAGGACAACACAUCUAAAUCACAUACAGAUUUUCUAUGCGGUGCCCAGUCGCUUGGAAAUGCUGCAUAUAUGCUGUGUAUAGACAUUUAUUUCAGUGUCGCCACCCAAAAUAUUAACAGCUAAGAGGUGUAAUGUCAUCUGCAUAACGCACUAUCUGUCUUCAUUGGAACUAUAUGAAGUGUAACGACCCCUGCAUGUACAGCUGCUCUCCUCAGACGUCUGCACCGCGUGGGUCUGCCUGCCUGUCUGUCUGCCUGUUUGUCUCUCUUCCUGUCUGUCUGUCUCUCUUGCUGCCUGCCUGCCGUCUGCUCACACACAUGUCCUUGGUUUUACAGGUCCGUACUUAUUAUUCACUGUUGGGUUACCUCUUGACAGAUGAAAUGUAAAUUGAAAUGUAAAUUCCUCCCUCUCACCCCCCCCCUUGUUAGGCUAUUGGAAGGUUGUGUACAUGCGGUUCAGUUAAUCACUCACCCCACCCCUCAGUUGUCCCCCCUCUGGGGAUGACACUGUGAUGGAUGAGACGGGUGGUAAGGAGUGAGGAAGACCCAUUAGAAUUUGACCAAACGAGUGCAGGGUUGGGGUGGUUCGGUUGGGAAUGUGUAAAUGUGCUUGCACGCGUUGCACGUGUGUUUGUGUUGAUAUGCACGGCGCACGGCGCGCACACGUGUUUAACCAAUGGACAGGCAGCCCCUGGAAAUCUGAGGCAUGCCUCCUUCUGUCUGGCUGGAGAGCAAAUGUUAUUUAAUCUGUUGGUCCUGAGUUGCUGGCUGCUAAGUCCAUUAAGUUGGUCCACAGCCAACACAACGCCAUGCACUUACAGCCAGCGAGAUAAUAGGAAACUCUGUCAGAGCGCGAGCCAGGUCUUCAGGACCAGCGCACACCACUUUAUGGGUUUUUAAUGAAUCUUCAAGGACUUAAUGACCCAGAGAAAUCUCGAGCACAGAACUCUUCUGUUGUUAAGUAAAUAAUUGAAUCUGUCUAAUUGCGGUGUGUUUAAAGUGUGGCAGCGGGGCUUCCUGGAGAACGCCUUCCAUGCCCCACAUGAACGGCCCGACCCUGUACCCCAUCACGGCCUGUCACUCCGCUGAGCUUUAUCCUCUCAGUCUGGCCUCCCUUUCCCCACCGCGGCCCUCCCGGCCGAUAACCUACCCGACAGGCCUCCUCCGCCAGCCUCAAAUGGCUCCUCGGCCUUCGAGCGGGCGGCGCACCGCCUGUUAUCUUCACUUGCACACAUUGGCCAUCCACCCACUGCAGCCCCCCCUCGCCGCACGUAGCGGGCGCUCUGCCAGCCUCACCGCA